AUGUCACUUUGUCCGUAUCAGCUUCUGCGUCCCCGCGCCAAUGCUGGACUGUCCUAUAUUCCACGACAUAGACUGCGCCUAGGACCACUGCGUCAAGUGAAAAGAAAUACUCUCCCGGCACGGCCCAUCGCCCACUAUUCCUCGCAUUCCGAUGUGGUAUCCUCGCACAAUCACGGGCUAACCGACAAGGACCAUGAUCCUUCUCUACGGCGGAGACACACUCCGCCAAUUUAUCCCCCCGGGGGUCCGACCGGGCACCGAAAAGGGCGAAACUCGGGGGAGAAACGCCCAAGUCACACUAUAACUCCCGAAACCGAAGGUCUUGGUAAAGUAAUGGAUGGGAUGCCUAUUAUAAGACUCGGUCCCAGCUUUGCCGAAAACCCACCUGGCCCACGGUACCUAUCGCUUGCGCCAGGUGUCAUCGAACAAGAAAACAAAAUGAGGGAGAACAAUCUGUAUUGCGACUCGGUAGCUGAGUUUCGACGAUGGAAAGACGACUUUGCGCAGAUUUGGGCAGUCAGCAUUGAAGGGCAGAGUCCUGAUAAUCUUCCUACACGGUGCCUGGAACUCGAUCAGGCGUCCUACAACCUCUUCGAAAAGCUCACGCUGGAUGGUCCGGACGGCUUUCGUCUAGCUUGGGAAAAGCUAACGAAGGGGGAAAAGUCAGACCACUGGCCGCGUUUGUCCCUAUAUCUGCUGUACUGCGCGCCCGAUUUAACCUGGCAAUUUCUAUAUGUCACUUGCCAAAGUGAGAAUAGGCCGAUGUUCAUAAUGGCAUGGUAUUGCUUAGACUACCUCAGAGUGCGGUGCUCUGAAGAAAUCAUGCGCCACGGAGUCCGCGGGAUCACAUUUGACAAGUUGAUCCAAACCGUCUUAAAUCCUGAGUUUUGGCCCCCCAUUUUCGCGGCUCAGAGAGGCAUACGACUUUUCAUCAAAAAUUCGACACAAGAAGACUUACAACGUGCUUAUAACCUCGUACUCGAGCGCAAAAACCACCUCAAGCCCGAGACGUGGCUCUGUUUCAUGAACCAGUUCGUGCACUAUGGUGACAUUGAAAACGCACUGGGGGCACUUUCACACCUACCAAGACUACAACGCGAUGGCUAUCUCUUGGAUCACGACAUGGUUCAGUCCCACUGCUGUAGGCUCCUAUUGCAGGACUAUGUGUGUGACGGCCCCGAUGGGCGUAAUUUCUACAUUCUCCCGAAGCUCCUCGAGAUGGGGAUUCAGCCUGGCCGCAGCAUGAUGAACGUCGUUCUUUCCAACGCUUUCAAGACGGGCGACCCACGAUUGGGACAGGACAUGUUGCAUUACAUGGAAUCUGAAGGCCAUGAGUUCGAUAGUUUUACUUACCUGGCCCUUCUUCGGGAUGCCGUUGAUCGUGGGGACCAGAUGCGCGUCGAAGAACUGAGCGAGGAGAUACGCAGCGAUCCCGAGAUGUACAACAACCCGUACAUUGCUAGUAAACUCCUCCACGCUCGUUACGUAUUCACAGUGAAAAAUCCCGAUUCCAACGUCCCCGCCAGCACGGUGUUUCUUGCGCUGCUGGACAUGUAUAACCAGUUGUACGACCUGACGCCGCUAAAAGAUCUCACCAUCCUCCCGCCACAUUACACCCCGGAGAAGCCAGGCGAGAACAAUCCCCCUUCAGUGGUCGCUCUGUUUAUUAUGAUCGCGGCCUACGUCCGAUGCCAGAAACAAUUGCCCAUUGUGUUACGCAUCUAUACUAAGUUCAGGUCCCUCGCGUGGCAGGGACACCCUACCAUCGCUCCCUUGCAGGCCACAGACCAUGUAUACAACGAAUUUCUGGCCGCUUAUCGACUAGACCCGCAUGGGGCGCGACCAGCCGUGCGACUGGUGCAGGAUAUGCUGCGAAGAUCGGAAGAGGUUCCAAGCGUCGAACUUCCCGACGGGCGGGUCAUUACGCCUACCAAGCCAACCGUCUGGACCUGGAACAUCCUGCUCUCUAUAUUCGUCUGGAAUAGACAACCCUAUGCCGUGGAAAGAGUGAAGGAGAUGAUGAGCCAGCACAACGUUGAAUACGACCAGGUUACGUGGAACACCGUCAUCACCGGGCUUGUCAAGACCCAGAACAUCCAUGAAAUUGCUCAAAGUAUCAAAUCCAUGGAGAAGCAAGGCUUUGGAUUCGACGACUAUACCUUGAGAGCCCUCGGUUACCUCCAUGAUCCGCAUAGAUUAUGGAUGGCUGUCAAGGAACUGGAUAAAGACCCCGAACCACCCGUCGAUCAGGUCAACGCCGGCUUGCGGGACCUCCCAACAGCAAAAGCGGACGAGGCGGAAGGAGACGAGGCGAGAGUGGACGAGGCGAGAGAGGCCGAGGCGAGAGAGACCGAGGCGAUAGAAUAUGCGGCGAUGAUGAAUGCGGCGAAAAGGAGUCAGGGCGAGGACGAAGGGUUGCUUGUGCAAGGCUUGCAACGCCUGAUCAAAAAAACCUGA